GCCGCGGUUGUAGUCAUCAAUGUAGAUUUUUUCCCGAAGAAUUUGUUUAUUUUAUGUCUUGAAACAAUCUUAUAUCUUUGAAAAUGUCGGAGAGAGACUAUGCGCCACUCAGCAUAGCUUGCGUCCGUGGGCUAUGUGACAAACUAUACGAUAAAAGGAAGUUCGCUGGAGUCGAAAUAGAAAAGAUGGUGAAGGACUUCAGCGACGCAAACAAUACGAGCCAGAUCAAGCGGCUGGUGCGGGUGUUGGGACAAGACCUGAUGGCGUCUACUAACCCCAAUGUUAAAAAUGGGGCACUCAUGGGCCUCUCCUCCGUCGCUGUCGGCCUUGGGAAGGGCUGCAUAGCAUACCUGCCGGAGCUGAUCCAACCGAUCGUCGCGUGCUUCAGCGAGAGUGAGUCCCGCGUGCGUUACCAAGCAGCCGAGGCCCUCUUUAACGUGGUGAAAGUGGCCCGAGGUGCUGCACUGCCUCACUUCCCUCUUCUAUUUGACGCACUGGCGAAAUUGGCUGCUGACCCGGAGCCGCAAGUUAAACAGGGGGCUGAACUACUGGACCGACUUGUCAAGGAGAUAGUGACGGAAAGCCCCGACUUCUCCGUGUCAGCGUUCGUCCCGAUGCUCCGCGAACGCAUGUACUCGCGCCACGCGGCCGCACGCCAAUUCUGCGUGUCGUGGCUCAGUGUGUUAGACUCCGUGCCGGCGUUACCAUUGAGACAGCAUUUACCACAGCUGCUCGACCCGCUGCUCGUGAUGCUGGGCGACGUGCACGCAGAGAUCCGCCGCAUGUGCGACAUUCAGCUGGGCGAGUUUCUGCGCAGUAUCAAGAAGGAGCCGGCGCGCGUGGAGUUCGCCGCCAUGAUCAACAUACUUAUCACGCACGCACAAUCACCGGACGAGCUCGUGCAGUUGACAGCGAUUACGUGGAUCAAAGAGUUCGUGGAGUUGGCUGGUCCCGCCAUGCUUCCCUACGCGUCAGGAGUGCUGGCCGCCGCGCUGCCCUGCCUCGCCUACUCCGACGAACCGCGAAGAAGCAUCAGAGAAACCGCCACAAUAGUGAACAUGCAGCUAACCAAGUUGGUGGAAGCGGAAUCCCCCUCAUCAUCCCCAGGACCAGACGAAGGCGACGAGGAAGACACAGGCCGCAUCAACCUGGACGCUGUGGUCGGGAUACUGAUACAGAUGGUGCACCACAGCUCGGUGCAUACGAAGGUGGCUGCGCUGGAGUGGUUCUUGCAUCUUUACAAUAAGAUGCCUAAUCAAAUGUCAGCACAAUCGGGCCAAGUAUUCGUGAGCGCAGUUGGAAGUUUGACUGAUGCGGCGGACGAGGUGGUGCGCCGCAGUCUCGCCGUCACCGCCGAGAUCUGCACCUGCACUCCUGGUAGUCCCGGCGAUUUGGAAUCCAGUCCCUAUUAUUACAAGUUCCUACAAGCUUUACUGAGGCUGUUAGCUGCUGAUGAAAAUUUACUUGAAGACCGGGGAGCGUUUAUAAUUAGGCAACUAUGUGUUCUCCUAAACGCAGAGGACAUCUACAAGGCGCUAUCGAAGAUCCUCGUAGAGGAACCGAACCUGAAGUUCGCGGCCACCGUGGUGGACGUACUCAGCAUUAUUCUGCUCACGGCGGCCGAGCUGCAGGACUUGAGGCUGCAGCUGCGCAACUUUACUGCGCCGGCGACGCAGCAGCUGUUCGCGGGGCUGUACCGCUGCUGGUGCCAUUCACCGGUAUCGCUGCUCGCACUGUGUCUACUUACACACAAUUACGCGCACUGUAAUGCGCUCAUAUCCACUUUUGGCGAACUGGAAAUCACCGUGGAAUUCUUAACAGAGUUAGACAAGCUUGUGCAACUCAUAGAGUCACCUAUAUUCGCUUACAUGCGCCUUGAGCUGCUAAGCGGAUCCCAAAGUGCAGAGCUGCGCGGUGCGCUGUACGGUCUACUGAUGUUAUUGCCGCAAAGCGAGGCCUUCCACACAUUGCGCCGGCGGUUGCAAUGUGCACCCCCUCCUGACAGACCAGCACUAACAAUAGCUCCGGUGGGGGCAGCGGCGCCCGGCAUCGACUUUGACGCACUUCUGCAGGAGUUCCGGCGCGUGCAGGCCGCGCACCGCGCCUACCGCCUCGUGGAGCGCCCAAGGCGAGACCCCGCUUAUUCAUAGCGGGAAAUGAAUUCACAUAUAGAAUAGGAUAGGUACAUGUAUGAGACAUAUAGAAACAUAACUCGCCUUUUGUGGCUAGGUUUUUAAGUAAAAUCAGUUGCCGCACACGGCUAGUUGUGUUUUAUACCCCGAAUACAUUUCCCGAUUAUCGCAAAAUACGAUACUACAUUGACAACGUACCUAUGUCAUUCAUUUAAAUUGACGCAUUCAGUGCAUUUUGAUAUAAAAUGUUUUAGAAUCAUGGGCGUUUCAAAACGUUCCCUUACGUUACGAGGUUAAGUAGUUAUAAUUCAAAUCAAAUUAGACAGAUUGUUUACCAAAUAAAAAGUAGAUGCUAUAAAAUUACGACAAGAGUGUCGAGUUUUCUUUUUGCAAAUUGAAAAUAUUGUUAGACGAUCACGCCGACUCCAUUCUGUUUCCGGCGUUUCGGACAAAAUUUAUGUCUAUAUAGUAGAGGUUAGUAGGUAGGCGUCAUUAAAAAGCUACAACGAUGCUUUUACGGUGUAAUAAAUGCUUUUCAUUGCAGUGAUGAAAACGUACAUAUGUACGUAGCAGCUUAAUAAAAAUGCUAGAUCGUUCAGAUUAAUUCUUAUGAUAACAAUACUAGUAGGUAUUUUGUAGUUUGACCUUACAGAAUCAAUACCAAACUAUUGCCUGAACUUGAACAUUAGUAAACCUUAUUGCAACAGCAUAAGGUCCACCGAUGGUCGGCUAAGGGAAGGUUGGUGCUUUUAGUAUUAGCAAAGACAUAUGUAACUUCGUAUAAGACGAAUAAAGUCUAAGGAAAAAACGUGCCUCGGAAUUCAAGUAAAAGUCAUUCUCGAAUAGGUGGCGCACACACCUUUAGCCUAUCCUCGGCUAGAUGGCGUGACGACACCGUUUCAUAUUUAACAAUUUUAACACAUAGAUAUCAGUGAAUGAACAUGGAUCAAAAUUAUAUAAAAAUUAUAAAAUUAUUUAUCCAUAUAUAUACAUUUUUUGAUAACUUUAUACAUUUUCAUUUUGAGUUUUAGUCGUGUGUCGAUAGAUGGCAGUAAAUUUACAGUGACUACAAAAUUUACAAUGACAGGACCCCUCUAUACUAUCUAUUCUUUUUGGUAUUAGUAAAGAUUUAAUUUUAGGUAAACUACACAUUUGUUGUCUUUCUACUAAAGGGUCAAACCGAAAUUUUAAUCACAUUAUUUUG